AUGGAGACAGGACAAGACCGCGCGCAGCGGUUGAAUGACCGUCUUCGGGGCGCUGGUCGAGCAGACGUCGGAAGCGAUGACUUUAACCUCGAUAUUGAGGGCAUAGGCGAGCCGUUUACGCAGCCCAGCUCCUCGUCACCACCCGCGACGAGGCCCAGCGCUGGAGCUCAGUAUAGCCCAGAGAUCCCCUCCGUGCCCGAAGAACCGAAUGAACCAGCAAUUUCACCAAACACUUCCCGGCGUCCUCCGUCGAGUCCUCGACAGCCUGCACCAUACCAUAUAGAAAUCACCGAGAGCCCUGCCCACGCCCCCGGCAGUGGACAGCGUCGACGAGUUCCAGUGCAGGAAGCCUCGGCCACGGCGGCUCGCAUGCUGGCUGCCCUCGAGUCGGAUCCAAUCCAGCCCCUCACACUGCCAGCGUUAAAUCGACCCUCUCGCCACAGCCAGGAUGCGGCCUCGGCGCGCAGAACUGCGAGCCCAGCUCGCCAAUCCGGCGAUGAAUCCCCAGACGAUUCCGCGGAUGCAGAGCUGAUGCCACCACCACCACCACCACCACCCAGAGUUCCCCGGCCAGCGCAAAGGCCUCCGCCAACGACGAGAACAGUAGUAGAAUCCCCAUCCACUGAGGAAGACCAGGCCGAAGAGAUCGGAGACCGAGCAGCGGCGGCCACGAUUGGCCAGAAGAGACCACGCGUGAGCUUCCAGCCGUCACCGGAGCUUGGCUCCGAAGAAUCAGACGCCGCGCCCGCAGAGGAGCAUCCCGCACCCAAACGACCACGCCCGCAGACGCGACGAGAGCCUGCUGUGCAGCGGCAACCAAAGAGGCGAAACGCCGCUGAAGGCCAGAACAAGAAGCGCGGCCGUCCGCGCAAAGAGUCAGGGCAACAGACGAAUCGUCCCCGCGCGGGCAGCGCCGAAGGAGACGUUAUUGAAAUCACGGUGCAGCGCUUCGUCAACGGCCCAGAGGUCGAAAGCGAUGAGGAGGCCCAGGGCGAGAUGGGCUUUGCCAACCGCAGCGGCGAGACUGUGGUAGAUGUAUUUGCGCAGGUCUGCGAGGAAGUCAUUGCUACAACUCUGGGCAAGUACGAGUAUCUACGACAGGAAACGCCAGAUGAGGACAAACGGAAAGAGUGCCGCAUCAAAAUACGCGCCAUUGAAGCGUUUCGCGAAGAAGUCAGCGCUCAGCUUCUGCAGCACUCUAUCUACUUGAAUCACUGGUAUUCGCUUCGGAAAAGAAUCCGUCAUGUGCAAAAGGAGAAGCUCGAGCUACGACAAGAACUUCUUCGCCUGAAGGCCGAAAAAGAACAAGUCGCACUUCGCAUGGACGGCGUCCGCGCUCGUAGCGAGAAAGAUGGCAGUGACUCCAAGCACCGCCUCAGUGCCUCUAACCUCAUGCACGACAUCGACCUAGCCGUCGAACAGGGUCGCGACGCUGCUGAUCUAUCAUCACGAGUCCGAAAAGAAGCCGAGCUUGGGAAUUUGGAGCUCACCAUCUCCCAGGUGGCAGAACAGGCGAGCAGCAACGGUCCAACUGGUGGCCUGCUACACCAGAUCCAGCAAUUCAAUGCCUUCCUUGAACGCACUGCCGCAGUGCUCGAGUCAAGAUGA